AUGGCAUCUGGCCAAACACGCACGCCUGCGGGCGUCGACGAUGAUUUCGGUGAGGAAUGGGCUCACGACCUCCGCCUGCGGUUCGAGCAGUUGCUACGCACCCGUCGGUUAAACCACCUGACAGAAGCACGGUCACGUCGCGGCGAUUCGCCGUCACCACGCGAGGCCGCCUCCUCCAACAACCUACGUGCGCUCUCCGCAGACCCCUCGUCCCCCGGCCGGCCAUCGACCUCGCACGGCGGCGAUCGCUUUGCCUCACCCAUGGCACACGGCAACGGUGACAGUUUUGCGUCGUCUUCCUCCGCCUCGUCUUCCUCUACUGUUGCCCCGCCCACACCGCCAUCCUACUCCUCAUUACGCAACCUGCCGAUGAUCCCGCGCCCACCAAACGACCGCGAACAACAGUUUCGAAGCCUUCUUGUCACACUGUCCACGACACCAUUAAAAUACGAGAAUCCGGGCCUGCUCGACGAGGCGCUGCAGGUGAUCCCGCUUGACCGGAUAUACAGCGAGGCCGACGAAGAGUCCCAAGUCUUCCGUGCCGAAGCCGAGAGUAUGGGUGACGGCCGUCAACCUGUGUGGGGUUACCAGGACUGUGUUGUUCGUGCUCUGUUAAGAUGGUUUAAGCGGUCCUUCUUUUCCUGGGUCAACAACCCGCCAUGUCCCGUCUGCUUCUCUCUCACCGUUGGCCAAGGCAAUACACGGCCCACCCCCGAGGAGAGCGCAUGCGGUGCCUUGCUUGUCGAAUUGUACCGUUGUUCCAACCAUGCAUGCGGCGCCUACGAGCGCUUUCCGCGGUAUAGUGACGUCUGGCGGCUGCUGCAGACGCGCCGGGGUCGCUGUGGCGAGUGGGCCAACUGCUUCAGCAUGUUGUGCCGUGCCGUCGGCGCCCGCGUGCGGUGGGUGUGGAAUGCGGAGGACCACGUGUGGACGGAGGUGUACUCCGCGCACCAGAAGCGCUGGGUCCACGUGGACGCAUGCGAAGAGUCCUGGGACAACCCACGGCUGUACACGGAGGGCUGGGGCAAGAAGAUGUCGUACUGCAUCGCCUUUUCGAUCGACGGCGCCACCGACGUCACCCGGCGCUACGUCCGCAAGAGCGAGUUCUCGCUGGAGCGGACAAAGUGCCCCGAGGCCGUUCUGCUCUACAUCAUGGCCGAGAUCAAGAACCUGCGCCGCACCAACAUGAGCAAAGAGGAGCGGUUCCGGUUGGAGAAGGAAGACUCGGCCGAGGACCGCCAACUGCGCCAAUACGUCGUCAACUCGAUCGCCCAGGCCGUCACGCGUCUGGUGCCCGGCUCCGUUGCCGGCCCCAGUGGCACCAGCGGCCAGGGUCGCCCUACAAGCAGCUCGGACGACACCAAGCUGCCUGCUGAGGUCCACGGCCGCCAAAGCGGCAACGCCGAGUGGGUCGCUGCCCGUGGCGAAGCCGGUCGUCGGCAACAGCAGCAGAACCCGCAGCAGCAGCCACCGCACAAUCCCCAGGACCCCUCGCACCGUGGCUUCCCGUGA